UCGGCGAGGCUUUCGGUUCGGUGAAAUAAGUGCGUUUGUGACCGCUGCAGACCGCUCUGGCGGUACAGCGUGCUUUUACAGUGUCACAUCGUUUGUAAGCUUGCGACGAAAAUUUCAUGAUCAUGAAUUGCCUACGAAGCCUCGGAAACGCAUUCGCACAGAUGACCCUCCACGCAGCCAAACCUUCUCGGAGUCUCUCGUUUUGUGCAACCAGUGCGUGGCAGGCGAGCCUGCCAACUCCUUACACCAGGCAGUCGUCGAACUCUCCCGCUGCCACGCCGCUCCGAAUUCAGAGGCCAAGCCUUCCGACCGUACAGCCUGUGCGUCACAGGUACUUUGUCAGGUUCAAGGGCAACCCCCACCGCGACGGCCUCAUCUAUGACCCGAUCCUGGAGAAGGUUCACGCCGGAGGCAUUCCGCCGCCCAAGAAGAAGAGACGCCAUCCACUGGACAGCAAGCCCUUCAUGAAGGGUGUCGUGAUCAAGACACUUAUAAAGAAGCCCAAGAAACCCAACUCGGCCAACCGCAAGUGCGUGCUCGUGCGGCUCUCCAAUGGCAAGGAGGCGACAGCCUACGUGCCCGGCGUGGGACACAACUUGCAGGAACACAGCGUCGUCCUGGUCUACAGGUCUCGGACGAAGGACGUUCCGGGUCUCAAGCUUAAGGUGGUGCGUGGGAAGUACGAUUGUGCUCAUGUGAUCAGGAAACCGCAGUCCGGAUCAUGAAGGGACUAUUGCUGCCACUGCUGUUGUCAAAACUUCCAUCGUGUCAUUGUCACACGAGCACUCUCAGUGAUCGCUGAACAACAUCGUCGUUGAACUUAUCGAAGGCUGUUUGUGCUCAUUGCAUUAUUAUGGCACGUUUGACUGACUGUUUUAGAGCACUCCGACAGUGAUGUGAAAAUUGUGUAAAACAGCUUUAAUGUUGACCUACGUAAUAGCUGGAUCUAGUACUAAUGACGAGGCUUCAUUAUCAUAAUCAGAGCCAUUUUACGCUCUCAGUAAAGCUUUGUUGUUUGCUUACAUGACCUUUGUAGUGCUACUGAAGCGCUCUGAAUUGACCAGCCUAGUGUCACAUUAGCUUCACUGUGGCAUGAUUUUAUUGUCUGCAAGUUGGUCACGUGACAUGCUUAUGUUCAGCAGUGGUGAUAACUUUUUCACAACCGUGGUCAUGCCUUUAACGGUUCAAAUGCGAUACUGUUCAGCUCUCAUUGAAUGUGCCCUUGUGGCAACGCUAUUAGUGACUGGAAUGAUAUUUUUUUUGUAGUUUAAUGAAAUAAAGAGGCAAUGGAGGAAUA